AUGCAGCCAGCGGAGGAGACACAAUUCAUCACCGGCCCUUUGAAGCAGACCACAGCAAACGUUCUUUCGGUGAAACAGCCGCUGAUGGGCAUUCAUACUGUGAACAACGCUGUAGUGGUUUUGGCGGCGGCAGGAGAUUUUAAAGAUGACUGGAACAUCUCGCUCAGCUGUCGAUAG